AUGCCACGCCAACUACGCCGCGAAGACUACACCGUAGGAUGGGUGUGCGCGCUGCCUGUCGAGCUGGCAGCAGCCAAGGCGAUGCUCGACGAAAGGCACGCCAACGCUAAUUGUGAUGUCGGCGACAAUGACGAGAACGUGUACUGCAUGGGAUCAGUUGCAGGCCACAACGUUGUGAUCGUAUGCCUUCCAGCAGGCCACAUCGGGAACAACCCAGCCGCGACCGUCGCGACCCAAAUGCAGACAGCAUUCAAGGGCAUCCGAUUUGGGCUGAUGGCAGGUAUUGGCGGAGGCGUCCCGAGCGCCAGCGCAGACAUUCGACUUGGGGACGUGGUGGUGAGCCAGCCGCAAGGGACCUUUGGUGGAGUGGUUCAGUACGACUUUAGGAGAAGAACGCCAAACGGACUUGAGCGGAUUGGAUCGCUGAACUCACCACCUCGGAUACUGCUCAGCGCUGUAAACACUGUAAGAGCAAAUGCAAUAAUGAACGAGAGCACAUUGUCAGACCACCUAUCAACACUCGAGCGCAUCCCUACCUUCCAGCGCCGCAAGGCAGGUCCCGAUAUCCUAUUCAAGGGUGCCUAUAAUCAUAAGCACGGCGCCACAUGCGACAGGUGUAGCGUUAGGAGUCGACAACUACGACCAGAACGCGAGAGCGGAACAGAGGUAAUAGUACACUACGGCACGAUUGCUUCUGGCAAUCAGGUGAUAAAGGAUGCCGCCGAGAGAGACAGGGUCAGCGCAGAGCUUGGUGGGGUAUUGUGCUUUGAGAUGGAGGCGGCGGGGCUGAUGAACAGCUUCCCAUGCCUUGUCAUUCGCGGUAUAUCCGACUACGCCGAUUCACACAAGAAUGAGCGAUGGCAGGCUCACGCGGCAGGGACGGCAGCGGCGUAUGCGAAGGAACUGUUGUCGGUAAUACCGGCAGCAGAUGUGAUGAACACACGCCGUGCGGAGGAUGCUAUAAGCAGCGGCGGGAACAAACAUCGCCGUCAGUCAUCACCUUCUGAUCAUGCUUCCUGUAAGCGCAUAAAGAAUGUCAUCUCUAAGGGCUCAGAGAGUAGUUCUGCAGAACAGUGGAAUGCCACACUCCCUACUCACUCCCAGGAACCCUCGCGAACACCGAUGAACGAUGAACAAAGGCAGAUUCUAUUGGACUCUCUAAGAUUUCAGCAGAUUGAUGCGCGCCAGAUGACUAUCAAGACCGCCCACGCCAAGACGUGCAGAUGGCUCUUGAAGAGUGAGCAGUACCUCAACUGGCUCGAUACAACCAGGCUAGAUGAACACCAUGGCUUCUUGUGGAUCAAGGGCAAGGCCGGAACGGGCAAGUCGACGUUGAUGAAGUAUGCGCUGGUCAAUGCUCGCAAGACAAUGAAGGACUACAUCAUACUCUCCUUCUUCUUCAAUGCGCGUGGCGAGGAAAUAGAAAAGUCGACAGUUGGGACAUACCGUUCUUUGUUGCUGCAGCUUCUCGACCGUCUCCCAGCGCUUCAGAAUAUUUUUGAUUCGCUUAGCCUAUCAGCCUCAAAGUUCACCGCUGACUACCAGUGGAACAUCGAGACACUAAAAGCACUGCUGGAGCAAGCGAUACAGAGCUUAGGGGACUCGUCUGUCAUAUGCUUUGUUGAUGCGCUUGAUGAGUGUGAAGAGGAGCAGGUUCGGGAUAUGAUCCAAUUCUUCAAGCAUAUCAGCAAUCUAGCCGUAUCAAACCAUAUCCGCUUCCAGGUAUGCUUCUCGAGCAGGCACUACCCGCACAUCACAAUCGAGAACGGGCUAGAGCUAGUACUAGAGGGGCACGAGGGACACUCGCAAGACAUUACUCACUAUAUUGAGACUGAGUUAAGGAUUGGUAAAAGUAAGACUGCACAGCAGGUCCGAGCCGAGCUUCAGCAGAAGGCGUCGGGGAUUUUUAUGUGGGUUGUUCUCGUUGUGGGUAUCUUAAACAAAGAGUUCGACGAUGGGCAGGUAUAUGCACUUCGAAAGAAGUUGAAGGCAAUCCCUGGAGACCUGCACAAACUGUUCCGUGACAUCCUGACACGAGACGAGCACAACAAGGAUAGACUGGUGCUGUGCAUCCAGUGGGUGCUCUUUGCGAAGCAGCCGCUCAGUCCGGAGCAGCUUUAUCACGCUCUUCUUCUAAGUAUCGAUCCUGACGCUAUCUUAGAAUGGGACGCUGAGGAGACUACAAAAGAUGAUGUUAAGCGGUUCCUCCUUAACUCUUCUAAAGGUCUCGCUGAGGCUACCAUUUCUAAGGAGCCGAGGGUUCAGUUCAUCCAUGAAUCAGUAAGGGACUUUUUACUUAAAGAGGACGGUCUCAGCAAGAUCUGGCCAGAGUACGGUAACAACUUUCAAGGUCAAAGUCACGAACGACUAAAGCAGUACUGCCUUGACUAUAUUAGCAUCGACGUUGCUACACCCUUGCAGAUUCCCGACGAGCUUCCGAAAGCCUCCUCGCAACAGGCAGCCGACCUGCGCAAAUUAGCAACCCAAACAUUUCCCUUUCUAGAGUAUGCCGUCCGCAAUGUGCUGUAUCAUGCGGACGCAGCAGAAGUCGGAGGCAUCUCUCAGGCGAAAUUCCUUGACAGAUUCCUUGACAGCUUCCCGCUUUCUCGGUGGGUCAAGCUCGACAACUUACUUGAAAAGCAUCAGGUGCGGAGACACACGGAACGCGUCAGUCUGCUGUAUUUGUUGGCCGAGCUUGACAUGGCAAAUCUUAUUAGAGUUCUCGAUUCAGCCAGCCGCUGUAUGGACGUCGAGGUGGAGCGCUACGGCUGCCCUCUUUUCGCCGCAGCUGCUAUGAACAGUGAAAAGACUCUUGAAGCGUUUCUGAAGUCUACUGAGUUGCAACAAGCUGACUGCAGCUUCGGAACAGUAGUGGGAGAACAGCAGUCUCAGCGCAAGUUGGCUCAGCGCGCCGCAAGACGUGACUUUGUAUACUCGAAGGCAAACAAUUUCCUCUUAAAUGCAGCAGAGCUUGGGCAUGACGAGGUUCUUGCUCUUUUGAUCAAAUCAGGGAGAUUUAGGAUUGGUUCGAAAGAUUCGAGGAAUAGGACGGUGCUAUGGUGGGCUUCCAAGAAUGGCUGUGGGACGUCGGCGAGGCUGUUGCUCGCUGCAGACUCUGCCAUGGUCAACAGCAAGGAUGACCACGGCACGACCCCACUAAUUAUAGCAGCGGAGCAAGGGCAUUACGAGAUGAUUGAAAUGCUGGUAGACAAGGGCGCCGACGUCAACGCCCAGAGUGGAUAUUACGGCAACGCACUCCAAGCAGCUUCAGCUGUUGGUCACAAAGAGAUCGCGAUGCUGCUGCUAGACAAGGGCGCCGACGUUAACGCCCAAAGUGGAUAUUACGGCAACGCACUCCAAGUAGCUUCAGCUAAUGGUCACAAAGAGAUCGCGAUGCUGCUGCUAGACAAGGGUGCAUUAAGAACAUAG